AUGGGUAAAAAGGCCAUCGAUGCUCGUAUUCCAGCCUUAAUCCGUAAUGGGGUUCAAGAAAAACAAAGAUCAUUUUUCAUCAUUGUUGGAGAUAAGGCAAGAGAUCAACUACCAAAUUUACAUUAUUUGAUGAUGAGUGCAGAUUUAAAAAUGAAUAAAUCAGUAUUAUGGGCAUAUAAAAAGAAACUAUUGGGAUUUACAUCUCAUAGACAAAAAAGGGAAGCUAAAAUAAAGAAGGAUAUCAAACGAGGAGUUCGUGAAGUAAAUGAUCAAGAUCCUUUUGAAGCAUUUAUUUCUAAUCAAAAUAUAAGAUAUGUUUAUUAUAAAGAGACUGAUAAAAUUUUGGGUAAUACUUAUGGGAUGUGUAUUUUACAAGAUUUUGAAGCAAUGACGCCGAAUUUGCUAGCAAGGACCAUUGAGACAGUAGAAGGAGGAGGAUUAGUUGUAAUUUUGUUAAAAAAUAUGACAUCUUUAAAACAGCUUUAUACAAUGAGUAUGGAUAUUCAUUCAAGGUAUAGAACUGAAGCACAUGAUGAUGUCGUUGCAAGAUUUAAUGAAAGAUUCUUAUUAUCUUUAGGAUCAUGCGAAAAUUGUUUAGUGGUUGAUGAUGAAUUGAACGUUUUACCAAUAUCAGGAGGUAAACAUGUAAAACCAUUACCACCAAAGGAUGAAGAUGAAUUAUCACCAAAAGCACAAGAAUUAAAAGAUUUGAAAGAGAGUCUAACCGACGUUCAACCUGCAGGUAGUUUAGUCAACUUAUCAAAGACCAUCAACCAAGCACAAGCCAUUUUAACAUUCAUUGAUGUAAUAACUGAAAAAUCAUUACGAAGCACCGUAACUUUAACAGCAGGAAGAGGUCGAGGUAAAUCUGCAGCUUUGGGUAUUGCCAUUGCUGCAGCUAUAUCUCAAGGUUACUCAAAUAUUUUUGUUACAUCACCAUCACCUGAAAAUUUGAAAACUUUAUUUGAAUUUGUAUUUAAAGGAUUUGACGCAUUAGGUUAUACUGAACAUUUAGAUUAUGACAUCAUUCAAUCAACAAAUCCAUCAUUCAAUAAAGCUAUAGUGAGAGUAGAUGUGAAAAGAGAACACAGACAAACAAUACAAUAUAUAUCACCUAAUGACAAUCAUGUUUUAGGACAAGCAGAAUUGUUGAUCAUUGAUGAAGCUGCCGCUAUUCCUUUACCGAUUGUUAAGAAAUUGAUGGGUCCAUAUCUUAUAUUCAUGGCUUCAACAAUAAAUGGUUAUGAAGGUACAGGAAGAUCAUUGUCCUUAAAGUUGAUACAACAAUUAAGAACACAGCAACAAUCAUUAAAUGCACCAGCUGAUACUGAGGUGAUUUCAAGAGAUAAGAAGAACGGUGAAACUGGUGGGCAAUUAACAAGAAAUCUUAAAGAAGUCGUAUUAGAUGAACCUAUCAGAUACGCGCCUGGAGAUCCAGUUGAGAAAUGGUUGAAUAAGUUAUUAUGUCUUGAUGUUUCGUUAUCCAAAAAUGUCAAAUUUGCAACAAAGGGAACACCACAUCCAUCUCAGUGUAACUUAUUUUAUGUAAAUCGAGAUACUUUAUUUUCAUACCAUCCUGUAUCUGAAGCAUUUUUACAAAAAAUGAUGGCAUUAUAUGUUGCAUCUCACUAUAAAAAUUCACCAAAUGAUUUACAACUAAUGUCGGAUGCACCAGCUCAUCAAUUAUUUGUAUUAUUGCCACCAAUUGAAGAAGGUGAUAAUAAAAUACCCGAUCCAUUAUGUGUGAUACAAAUUGCACUUGAAGGUCAAAUUUCAAAAGAAAGUGUAAGAAAGUCUUUGAGUAGGGGACAAAGAGCAGGAGGUGAUUUAAUUCCAUGGUUAAUAUCGCAACAAUUUCAAGAUGAUGAAUUUGCUUCAUUAUCUGGUGCUAGAGUUGUUAGAAUUGCAACUAAUCCGGAAUAUGCUGGUAUGGGUUAUGGUUUUAGAGCAAUGGAGUUAUUAAAAGAUUAUUAUUCAGGUAAAUUUACAGAUAUCAGCGAAUCAACAGAAUUGAAUGAUCAUACUUUAACUCGUGUCACUGAUAAGGAAUUACUGAAAGCAUCAUUGAAAGAUGAAAUUAAAUUAAGAGACGCAUCAACUUUACCUCCAUUGUUAUUAAAAUUAUCUGAAAAAGCCCCUUACUAUUUAGAUUAUCUUGGUGUAUCGUAUGGUUUUACUCCACAAUUACACAAAUUCUGGAAAAAAGCUGGAUUCACACCUGUAUAUUUGAGACAAACACCAAAUGAUUUAACAGGUGAACAUACAUCUGUUGUUUUAAAUGUUUUACCUGGAAGAGAGAAUAAAUGGUUACAAGAAUUUUCAAAAGAUUUCCAUAAAAGAUUUUUACAAUUAUUAUCAUAUGAAUUCAAAAAAUUCCAAGCUUCCCAAGCUUUAGGACUUAUAGAGGCAGCCGAACAAGGAGAAGGAGAUAGUGAUGUUAAACAAUUAACCAAAGAACAACUUGACGAUAUAUUGUCACCAUUUGAUUUAAAGAGGUUGGAUUCAUAUGCUAACAACUUGUUAGAUUAUCACGUUAUAGUAGAUAUGUUACCAUUGAUUGCUCAAUUAUUUUUUUCUAAGAAAACAGAUGACCAGGUUAAUUUAUCUUCAGUUCAAUCAGCUAUUUUAUUGGCCAUAGGUUUGCAACAUAAAAACAUGGAUCAAAUAGCGAGUGAAUUGAAUUUACCAUCAAAUCAAGCAAUGGCUAUGUUUGCAAAAAUUAUUAGAAAAUUUUCAACUUAUUUUAAAAAUGUUUUAACAAAAUCAAUCGAAAGUAGUAUGCCUGAAUUGGAAGAUGAACAAAUUAAAGAAAUGGAAGGAGACGUUGAAGACGAAGUAGAUUAUGCAGAAAUGCAACAAAAUUUACAUGAUGAAUUAGAAGAAGAAGGAGAUGAAGCAAUACUGGAAAUGAAAGAGAAACAAAAGGAAUUAAUCAAUGCUUUAAAUUUGGAAAAAUAUGCUAUAGCAGAUGAUGGAGAUUGGGAUGAAAAAUCAAUGUCAAAAGCUGUUAAAAGUAAAAAUAAAGGAUCAAAUGGUACAGUUAGUGUUAAAAAGGGUAAAAGAAAAUCAUGUGAAAAUGCUAAUGAAAUUUAUGAAACAGAAAUGAAAGGUCUUAAAAAAUCUAAAAAAAGUAAGAAAAAUAAAUAG